AUGACCUCGUCCUCAUCUAUGCUUGAGAUCCGCGAGUUCGACGGCGCGGGCAAUCUCACCGCGACAUACGUCGAGUCGGCGACGGACAAGCUCACACCGGCCAGACGGGUAGACGUGAUUCCUCCAAAUGAUACCAAAUCAUCACGGCAGAAGUUCCUCGAUAUCUUCCUGCCUGUAGGAUUUCCGCAUACCGUCACAGAGGAUUAUCUUGAAUACCAAAUAUAUGCAAGUGACUCCCUCCAGGCCUUCGCAAGCAGCAUCGCAAGCCUCCUCUCCUCCCGUGCAGUGCUCUCCACCGUCGGCGUAGGCGACUCCAGCGCCUCGCCCACCGCCGCACUGCUCCUAUCCAUCCUCCAAGAAUCCCUCGGCCGGAUCGCGACCAUCGCAUUCGCGCACCGCCUGGGCACCGCAUUGGAACCCGAGUGCAAGCUCUACCGGCUCCUGGCCGACGUGCUCAACGACGCCGCGUUCCUCCUCGACUGCCUCAGCCCGGCGUUGCCGCGAGGUUUCGUUCGCGUGCUGGUCCUGUCGACAAGUUCGGUGCUGCGGGCGCUGUGUGGCGUUGCGGCGGGCAGUGCGAAGGCGAGCCUCAGUGCGCAUUUCGCGCGGGCCGGGGAGAACCUGGGGGAGCUGAACGCGAAGGAUUCGAGUCAGGAGACGAUCAUUUCGCUGUUGGGGCUCUUGGUCGGGAGCGUGGUGGUCACGCAUGUGGUCUCGCGGACUGCGACGUGGAGUCUCCUGGUGGGGCUGUUGGCUGUGCAUCUUGAGACGAAUCGCCGCGCGGUUCGGGCGGUGAGGAUGAGGGUGAUGAAUCGUCAGAGGGCGGCGCUGGUCUGGCAUUGUUUGCGGCAGGGACGGGUCCCUUCGCUGGAGCAGAUCUCGAGGGAGGAGAGGAUCUUCGAAUGGGAUGGGGUUUUGAGGGGGAGGGAUGGUGGGAUUGUGGGUCAUUGUACGAUUGGUGCAUCUAUUGGGCGGUUGGCGCAUGGGCUUGCGGAUGCGAAUAAAUCUACGGGCGCUGUGAGCACUUCAGGGACGCAUCUAUCGACCAUCAUGGACCUCUACGCGGACGCGCCAUAUGUCCUCUGGUCAGAUGGACACCCUGCGCUAGAACAGUAUCCAAUGCGACUGCUUGCCGUCUUGAAGAAGGAUGCGAGCAAACGCGAUCUGCUGGUGGCUUGGUGGCAGGCGCUCAUAAUUUCCUGUGCGGAAAAGGCUUCGAUGUCACAGAAUGUCCUUGAUACUUUCCGACAGAGCCGUCGAGAAGCCCUGGCGCUACUGGAGAAGUAUGAGGUUUCGCUGAAAGACAAGGGAUGGAACAUUGACGGCAGUGUACUGGAGACGGUCGCUGGCACGAGAAUCACUGUAGGAGGAUGA